AUGGUACAUAUACGUGGGGUCAAACACCUUGCUGCAGAUUGCGUAUCUCGUCAUCCCACAGGAGAUCCAGAUAAGCUCCCACUCCCUGAAGACGUUGCUACUGUCAGCCAACAUCACCCUCUGUCUCAAAUCCGAUCCCCUGCCCCCAGUCACAUCCCCAUGGAGGAAAACAUGAUCUCUGCACUUACGUCCUCUCUGGCAUCCAUCACCUUGAAAUCAGUGACCUGGAACAGAGUACGCACAGCAACCACAAGUGAUGCAGAUAUGGCUAUGCUAGUCGACUUAAUAACCUCAGGUCUGCCAGAGAGCCGCCAAGAGUUCCCCAUCAAGCUUCGCGAGUAUUAUCAGUUCAAGGAGGACCUCAGCACAAUCGACGGAGUUGUGUUGUAUAGAGACCGUGUAGUCAUCCCACCUGCAUUAAGGCAAGACGUCCUCUCUACAUUGCACAGUGCCCAUCAGGGGAUCUCCUCUAUGAUAACCAGAGCUGAGUCCUCAAUCUUCUGGCCUGGCAUUACACCGGAUAUAGUAUCCACCAGAACAGGUUGCAACCACUGCAACCGCAUGACCCCCUCCCAACCGAGUGCCCCUCCGACACCACUGAUAUAUCCUGACUACCCAUUCCAGUGCGUCUGUGCUGACUACUUCCACUACAUGGGUAAUAACUACCUUGUCAUUGUUGAUCGGUAUUCCAACUGGCCGAUUGUGGAGAGAGCAUCCCAAGGAGCGGCUGGCCUGAUAGCUUCUCUUCGACGGACCUUUGUCACCUUUGGCAUUGCCGAUGAGCUAUCCUCAGAUGGGGGACCGGAGUUCACAUCAACUGCCACCAAGAAGUUUCUUUCUGAUUGGGGUGUACAUCAUCGUAUGUCAUCAGUAGCCUUUCCCCAUAGUAACUGCCCUGCUGAAGUUGGGUUAAGACAGUAA